ACAGAAACACACGAAAUGUUAAAGCUCGUGUGCCUUAUAGUUCUGUGUUCUGCAACAUCAACACGUGCAGAACCCGAAUGUUCUAGGUUUCACUAUGAAGAGAAAACGCUCGAGAAGAUGGUGCGCCUAGAAUUCCUUGUGGAGCAAUUUAAAGUUGAGAUGGAUAACUUCAGAAUAGAGAAAAAGGUUAUUUUGAAUGAAAUAAGGAAAGAUGUGUCAAAUGAAAUUGCAAAAUUAAGACAGUCGGUUGAGGUUGACAAAGCAACACAUGCAGAUGCGCUGUCAGAAAUGGAAAAGGUCUAUACCAAUUUGACUGAAGUUCAUAGAGCUUUACAGCAGCUUCAAGCCACCCAAAAGAUGGUCGCUUUCAGCGCAAAAAAGAUCCAAAACCAAUCACCGUCUUCAGGUGAUGUCCUCAUUUUCUUCGAAACUGUUCAAGAUACCGACGGCACAUACAAUAACAGAACUGGACGAUUCGUAGCACCAGUGUCUGGGACCUACGUUUUAACUGCUCACCUGUGUAGUGCAAGUGGCAAUACGAUCAAAUUUGCAUUAAGAAAUAACGGUGUUGUUGUUGCAAGAUCUUCAGUUUAUAAUGAACAUAACUGCAAUUCGCUGGAAGCGUUUGUAAAGGUGGAUACUGGACAUGAAAUGUACGUUACCGUUUCGAAUAGCGGGGUUAACAUCUAUCAAGACGACACCACUCGAUGGAAUACAUUCAGUGCACGUCUUUUCCAUGGCAUGCUAUAGAUGAACUACAUAAAUUGAAUAUAUAAUUAGGAUAUAUUGUCUACGACAAACAACUGCAAUGUUCAAUGAUUUAUCCUGAUACUCUAGCUAUUCUUAAUAAUUGAAUAAUUAUAAAACGGCUGUCCAAAUAUGUCGUAUUGACUGAUGAAGUUAGUGAAAUUCGUUUGAAUGUUUUGAUAUUGAAGCAAAUUGUUGGACUUUCUUGAUUUUUACGUAUCUUUUGCAUAUAAUUUAUGUUAUUAAUUUAGUAGUAUUGCCAACAGUUAGUGAUGCUUCGCUCUCUUUAACUGAUAACGAAACUGAUGACGUUAUGUGUAUGCUAUUGUUCAAUUGUCAAAUACUUGGUGUUUUUGUAUAUGCACAGCUUACAAACAUAUGAAUUAAACGCUA